AUGUCCGCCAAACGCGACCGAAAUGUGCCACCGGGAAUAUUGGAUGCCAGACGCCGGAUCAUAAGCAACAAGGUAAUGAAAGACACGAUACAUGUGGACAAGUAUGGCUUUGAAACAAAGGGCGAGUACACGCAGGGAACGCUCUUAUGCAAACCUGGUGGUGGGCCUCCCCUGCACUUCCAUCGAAGUUACUCUGAAAAGUUCGUCGCGCUCGAAGGAGAUCUGAUUGUCUACCUGGAUGGGGAGAAACUCACACUCAAGCCGGGAGAAAGCGCCACAGUGCCCGCCGGCAAGACCCAUACCUUUACUGCUGAAGGCGAGACGGAUAUAAAAUUCACGGGCUAUUGUAUUCCAGCACAUUCAGGUUUCGAAAAGUCGCUGUACAUCAUGUAUGGUCUGGCGAACGACGGAUUCGCAGACGAGGAGGGCUUGCCAAAAUCACUUGUCCAGAAGGCGCUUAUCGCAGACAUGUCCGAUAUGAGGUUCACCGGAGGCGCUGGAGGGUUCAUGAAUUUGGUGAAUGGCCUUUUGGCAGGGUACGCAAGGUGGUCGGGCGAAGAAGAGCGCCUCCUGCGGAAGUACUGGGACUGA